AUGUCCGCUAUUUCUGAUGAUGAAGGUAAUGAAGCUGACGUUGUGUCUAGACAUCUUUGUGGGAUUGUGGAUAUAGGAUCCAGUGGUAUUCGUUUCAGUAUCUCAUCGAAGGCACCCCACCAUGCACGUAUAAUGCCAUGCGUUUUUAAAGAUAGAGUAGGUGUAUCAUUACAUGAUGUUCAAUAUGAGGAGAAUACAUUAAAGAAAAUUCCAAUACCAAAAGAUAUUAUAAGAGAGAUAUGCGCAGCAAUGAAAAGAUUCAAGUUAAUUUGUGACGACUUUGGUGUGCUUCAAUCAAGUGUACGAGUAAUAUCAACGGAUACGGCUAAGGAAGCAUUGAACUCUGAAGAAUUUCUAAAUGCUAUCUACGAAGGUACUGGUUGGGAAGUAGAACUAUUAUCUAGGGAUGAAGAGGCCCGAAUUGGCGUGUAUGGUGUAGCAUCAUCGUUUAAUACAAUAUCUGGUCUGGUUAUGGACCUUGGUGGUGUCACCACACAACUUUCAUGGGUGAAAUCAUCAGAUGGACAAAUUUUGCAAUCUUCCACCCCUGUAUCUCUCAAGUAUGGGUCCAAUACACUCUCUAAGAGACUAAAAUUAGAAGAUAGAAGAGCACUUUUCCUUGAACUUAAAAAGGCAUUUAAAGAGGCUAUGAUAAAAAUUGACAUUCCAGACGAUAUGAUUAAUGAUGCCAAGAAGAACGGAGGAUUUGAUUUGUGGACACGUGGAGGUGGGUUUCGAGGAAUGGGACACUUACUUCUUUCGGAAGCAGAAGGCUAUCCUAUACAGACUAUUAUCAAUGGAUUUUCAUGUUCGUAUGACGAGUUUGUAGCAGUAUCUGACUUUCUUUUCUUAAAAGGAAGAAUACCAGGGUCCCCAGAAAAGAAAAUUUUUAAAGUAACUGAAGCGAAGGCUAAACAGCUACCAACAGUUGGAUUUUUGAUGAAUGCUGCAUUUGAAAGUUUCCCUAAAAUUAAGACGAUACAUUUCAGUGAAGGUGGUGUAAGAGAAGGUGUACUGUACUCCAUAUUACCUAGGGAUAUACGUGCAGAAGAUCCACUGUUAAUCGCUUCGAGACCAUAUGCUCCGUUAUUGGCUGAAAAAUACUUGAAUUUGUUGAGAACUGCCAUCCCUGAGAAUGAUAUCCCGGAUAUUAUCUGCUCAAGAAUUGCACCUGCAUUGUGUAAUCUAGCAUUUGUACAUGCUUCAUAUCCAAAGGAACUACAACCUACAGCUGCAUUACAUAUUGCGACCAGGGGGAUUAUUGCAGGCUGUCACGGCCUAUCUCAUAGAACUAGAGCAUUGAUUGGUAUUGCUCUUUGUAAUAGAUGGGGUGGUAAUAUUCCAGAACAAGAAGAAAAGUACAUGCAGGCGUUGGAAGAAUUAGUGCUACGUGAUGGUGAUGGCGUUGAAGCGAGAAGAAUUGUGUGGUGGACAAAGUACAUUGGUACAAUUAUGUAUGUUAUAUGUGGUGUUCAUCCCGGUGGUAAUAUUAGAGAUGAUGUGUUUGAUUUUUAUGUAAUGCAAACUACACAAACCACAAAAGAUCGUCUACCUAGGGAACUUCGUAGUGUAGCAUCCACAAAUCUAUCCAGAGUACAAAAACACCGUGAAUUUGAAAUUGUGGUUAGAAUUAGUAAAGAUGAUUUGAAAACCAGUGCAUCUGUAAGGUCAAGAAUUAUCACCUUACAAAAAAAAGUCAGGAAGCUUUCCAGAGGAAGCCUUGAAAAGGUAAAAGUAGGGGUUCAAUUUUACGAUAACUGA